ACAGAUCAUCAUCAAACAUGGGCAAGAUCAUCUUCUACGAGGACAGGAACUUCAAGGGUCGCUCCUAUGAGUGUGUGACCGACUGUUCUGACAUGACCUCCUUCCUGAGCAAAUGUCAGUCCUGUAGGGUGGAGGGCGGCUGCUUCGUGGUCUACGACCGCCCUAACUACACGGGAAACCAGUACUUCCUGAGGAUGGGAGAGUACUCUGAUUACAUGUUAUUUGGCUUGACUGACUCCAUCCGAUCCUGCCGUUUGAUUCCUCAGCACAAGGGCUGUUUCAGGUUGAAGAUCUAUGAGACGGAGAGCUUCCAAGGUCAAAAUCAUGAGCUGGUUGAAGACUGCGACAACAUCAUGGAUCGCUACCACAUGUGCGACUGCCAGUCCUUUCAGGUGAUGGACGGACACUGGCUGAUGUACGAGCAGCCCAACUACAGAGGCAGGAUGGUGUACCUGAGCCCCGGAAAGUACAGGAGCAUGAGAGAUGUCGGGUACAGCGGCAUGAGGAUCAGCUCCAUCAGGCGCAUAACAGAACUGUGCUGAAGCAGAACGAAACCACAAUGUGUCAGAUAAAAUAAAUA